ACCAUAUGCUCAGGUCCUGUUGUAAUUCUAUACCCGUCUGUUAUCUUGUGAUUCGUCGUUUUGAUACUCGUGGCUCUUUCGGCUGUUUGAAAACUUUUUUAAAUUCGACAUUACAAUAGUUCCACGGUUUUUGACUUCUGUGGUUAAAUUUUCGUAUCCGUUUAAAUUCAAGCUCGUCCCACAAAAAAUGGCGUCUGGAUCUGAGUCUUUGAAGCGAAAGGCCCCGGGUCCGGAUUCGUAUACCGAUGCAGUGUGGAAAUAUACGAAAGCAGCGGUUGACUUGAAAUUGGAGACGAAUAAGCCUUACAGAUUAUUUAUGUCUCCGAUAGAAUGCGAUCCAGCAACACACAUUGAAAAUUCAACACUGUCGUUUGCAGAACUUAUGGACUUUAGUCUCGGUACUUUGACCGAAUCACUUCAUAUAAACUUCAUGGUCGAGCUCGGGUGGCUUCUUGCUCAAUACAUCAUAACUAAUCAAAAGGGGACAAAAAUUACACUUUUAUAUGAGCAUUGUGAUGAAGAUUUAAACGAAUUAGAUUCAAAAAAGAAAAUACCAAAUAUUAAACAUAAAAAAAUACUUAAUAAAAAUGCUUUUGGUCAUCAGCAUAGUAAGGUAUCAUUGUUUGCUUAUUCUGAUGGUAGUUUACGAGUUGUAGUUAUGACUGCCAAUUUAUGUGAAGAUGAUUGGACCAAAUUCACUCAACUGAUUUGGGUUAGCCCAUCAUUUCCAUUAAAAAGGGAAGAUAAUAAGUCAGAUGGUAAUUCAAAAACUAAUUUUAAAACAGAUAUUUUACGAUAUUUAAAAUCUUUUGAUGAACAAUUAUUAAGUCAAUGGAUAGAAAAAGUUGAAAAAGUUGAUUUCAGUAAAGCAAAUGUGUUUUUCAUACCUAGUGUUCCAGGCAAGCACAAAGAUCAGCUGUGGGGUCAUUUAUAUUUACAAAGUAUUUUGAAAAAACAUGCUCAUCUACCAGAACGUGAACCAUCAGAUUGGCCUAUAAUAGCUCAAUGUUCCUCUUUGGGGUCUUUGGGUCCCACAGAAAACGAAUGGUUGAAAUCAGAGUUUAUCAAAAGCCUAUCAGCUUCUACCUAUUGUGAUACUACAGAAAUAGACAAUAAAUCUAUUCCUAUUCCCUUCAACUUGAUUUACCCAACUGAGAAAAAUGUUUUGAAUAGUUGGAAUGGACCUUUAGAUGGUGCCUGUUUACCCUACAAUAAGAAGGUACACACCAAACAAUUGUGGCUUAAAAAAUAUAUGUGCUCAUGGGAGUCCUGUUUUCGAAAGCGAUCAAAGGCCAUGCCUCAUUUAAAAACCUAUUGCAGAAUUUCAUCAUGUUGUACAAAAAUGUCUUGGUUUUUAUUGACUAGCGCUAAUUUAUCAAAAGCUGCUUGGGGCAGAAAACUUAAGUCAAAAGAUGAGAGUAACUACAUAAUGGCACAAGAAGCUGGAGUUUUGUUCUUGCCAAACUUUGUGACUGGAACAGAUACAUUUUGUAUAGAUGAAACCAAACCAAAUAGAUCACGAGAAUAUUUCUGUUUACCUUUCGACUUGCCAUUAGCUCAAUACUCGGAUACUGACCAGCCUUGGACUGUAUAAAUAGGUAUAUAAUAAAUUGAUUUUUACACUUUUAUUUAAUGAAAUAAUGAAUACUUUUACAAACGAAUAUACCUACUCAUUUUUUAUUUAAUUUUUUUAUGUACCUUGUAAUAUUAAAUUAAUAGUUUUAAUAUUCUUAAUUUUGUAUUCACCAUAGAAUAGUUUUUCAAUAAAAA